AGACCAGUGAAAGAGUUUGUUGAAGAAAUUGGAAAGGUUAUUAAAAAAAAUCCAAAGCUAACCAAUAAUAUUGUUUUGUGUAAUAAUAAUUGUAUGGCCUUAGAAAAUAUGUAUAAAAAUAUUGAUCAAAAAAGUGAAGUAACCAAGGAGAAAAUCAAAAAUGCUGUGAUGAAAGGAUCUUAUACUUUUAAAAGAGAUGCUAAAGGAGAUAAAUGUAAUGCAUUAAUGACAUACACAUCUGACAAAGUUCAAAAAUCAUCUUACACCUUUAAUGAUCUUCAAGAUUUACGUGGCUGUGCAUUAUUGAUUGCAAAACCAACUGUGGUAAACCUUAAUCUAUCAGUUGAGAAUGUAUUGGAAGAUGAUCAAAAUAUUAAAAAUUCCAUGGAUGUGUUUGUUGAACAAGUUGAUGUGGCUCAGGAUAUAAUAAAUUUUUCAUCAAAACUUGUACAAAUUGGACAUUUUGAAUUCAGGAAAUUUGAUGUGACUGUAAAGGGAACAGAUAAAAUGAAAGAAUUAUUAAAACAAUGUAAAGAAAAAUUAAGAGAAUGGGAGGAUAUCAUGAACAAAGCACAAGAAAAUCAUUACUAUUUAACAUUUUUCCCUGGCCGACACAUCCUUACAUUCUAUGAUUAUUUUUCAAAUGUCAACAAUCCUAAUGUGAUUGAAGAAU